CAGCGUUAAAGGAAAAAAAGUCUCGCCGCUCACUAACCCUAAAAAAAGUAACUCUCUCACUCACUCUUCUUCAUCAUACCGAAAAAAAUCCAAUGGCUUCUUUGGAAAAUCCAGCAAUCGAUUCUUCAAGCGAAUUUGAGAGUUCUUCUGAAGAGAUCUCUUCUUCUAAAGAAAGCAAACCCAAAGAAGCUCCCGUCACUGUUCCGUCAACAAAAACCCUAAACUCUCCUUCCGCCGCCGUGGCAGUUUCUGAUGACUCAGAGUCAGAGAAGCAGUCAUUCGUCUUAACCAGGCGGAAGAAGAAAGAAGGUGCUGCUGAAUCACCGGCAGUGAAGUCAGGGAAGAAAGAAGGUGCUGCUGAAUCACCGGCAGUGAAGUCAGGGAAUAACGAAGGUGCUACUGAAUCACCGGCGGUGAAGUCAGGGAAGAAGCGAGCUAGCGAAGGAACCACGUCAAGGGACAUGCAUGUCAAAAGAAUUAAGAAAGAGGGCGAUAACAAAAAGGGGCAUGCUCAGAGAGUAUGGAGUGAAGAAGACGAGAUCUCUCUCCUGCAAGCAAUGAUCGAUUUCAAAGCUGAGACAGGUACAAGUCCUUGGGAUCAUAAGGAUAGGUUUUUUGAUAUCGCCAAGAAAUCUAUAAGCUUUGAUGUUAGUAAAGUCCAGUUCUUUGACAAGAUUAGAAGCUUUAAGAGAAAGUAUUUUGGUGACCGGAAGGUGAGAAGUGUUGAAUCGGAUCAUGAUAAGAAGUGUUUGGGUUUGGCUGUUUCUUUUUGGGGAUCUGAUGGUGUGAGCCUUGAAACUCCUGUGAAGAAGAAAGUGAAAGAUGAAUCUGUUCUUGUUAAGGCUAAUAGCAAGGAGAAGAACGUGAAACCUUUGGUUAAAGAAGAUGAGCAAGUCGUGAUUCUUGGAGAAGAUUCGGAGUGGUUUGAGGAGUCUUUUCUUGUUCCGGUUAUCGCUAGUCUCGGUUUGGAUGAGUAUUCUGUGAAGAAGAAGUGGAGCAAGGUGUCCGUGGAGACUAAGAAGAGGAUUCAAGAGAAGAUGAAGCUUGUGGAUGCUAAGAAAUGUGAGUUGUUGUUGGCGAACAUGGAUGUUUUGAAGGAGGUGACUUCAGUGCUUACUCAAACCAACUAAGAAGAAGAAGAGGAAGCUAUUGGAUUGUAUAUGUUUAUCCGUUUAAUCUCGGGUUUAAUGAAGAUGUAAUGCCUUAUUUUGUUAUCUAUCUUAGGCUUCAUCUUUCUAUCUACUCUAAUGAACUUUUAGGACUUUGGAUUCUCGUGUGAGAAUUAGCUUUGUCUAACAAGCCUUUUGGUCGAUGGUUGUAAUGAAUUAGCUAAGUUGUCUAACUAGCCUUUUGGUCUAUGGUUAUAAUGAACUUUUAAGACUUUGUAAAUGUGCUUCUU